GGGGCAUCGGGAAAACAACAUUGGCUAGAAGAGUUUAUGAUGAUCCAACAAUAAAAUCACAUUUUGACAUUCUAGCAUGGGCUACUAUGUCAAAGCAAUACUGUGUUAGAAGAAUGUUGUUGCAGCUUCUUCAUUGUAUUCCAUCAACCAAGGAUGUAAUCCGCGAGAAAAUGGAUGAUGGUGAUCUAGCUGGCAAAUUGAAACAGAGGUUGUGGAAGCGCAGGUACCUAAUCAUCAUUGACGAUAUAUGGAGCACCGAUGCUUGGGAUGAUAUAAGUCAAUGGUUUCCAGAUUGCAGAGGAAGUUACAUCCUACUUACAACAAGGUGCGGUAAUGUGGCCAAUUAUGCUGCUCCCGAUAAUUGUCAUGGAGUGCCUUUGACGAUUACAGUAGUUGCUGGGCUUUUAUCUAAAUGCAACAAUGCACUAGAUGGAUGGGAGCAAGUUGCACAAGAUGUGAAAUCAGCAAUAUUUGAAGAUCCUAGUCGACAAUGUGAAAAGGUCCUUGCUUUAAGUUACUACUAUCUACCUCAACAGCUGAAAGCAUGCUUCCUAUAUUUUGCGAUUUUUCCCGAAGAUGAUGAGAUUAACGUGAAAAGAUUAAUCAACCUAUGGGUUGCAGAGGGACUUUUGAAGGAAGCUGAUGAUAAUAAAAGUUUGGAGGAUGUAGCUGAAGAACGUUUACAAGAACUUAUAGAUAGAAAUUUGGUUCUCGUAGGCCAGCAGAAUUUUUGCGGGGAGGUGGAAACAUGUAAGAUCCAUGAUCUCUUACAUGAGUUAUGCUUGAGACAAGCUCGAAGUGAGAACUUCCUACCUGUUAUAAGUAACGAAACAUGGAACCAAUUAGCCCCACGUGUCUCCCGAUCAUUCAUACAGGUCUGUCUGAUGAAAGUUCGGUCAAUUAUUGGUUUUCAUUGGUUAAACUCUCAUGAUCACUAUGAUCCAAAUAAAAUCCACACUAUUCUCUAUCGAGGUGAACGUGUAUACAUUGUAGAUCAACGGGGAAAUAUUGUAGCUGAUUAUGAAAGAAAGAAGACCGAAAUAUUAGAAUUCAAGAAUUUCAAAAUGAUCAGAGUAUUAGACUUGAGAAUGUUAUACUUGCACGAUGGUGUUCCAACCUCAUUAUUUGAUCUGGUGCAUCUCAGGUAUCUACAUUUGUCCAUUAACAGUCAUAAAUGUCUCCCUCGUUUCAAAUUUCAAAAUAUGCAAGUUUUGAUUGUUGAAAUAGAAAACUCUGGGAGCGUUAUGAUGCCUUUAGAAAUUUGGAGGAUGCCACAGUUAAGGAAUGUUCACUUUAUGAAGGCAGGAUGGCGAUGUCCUCCGAAUAUGCCCAGCGGUGAAAGGCGGCAUAAUGCAAUACUGAAACAGCUACACACCAUAACCGGAGUUGGUCCAUCAUGGUGUAAAGAAGAAAUAUUUGCACUAAUGCCUAACUUGAAGAAAUUGGAGGUUGUGGUUGACCGCAAUGAUUGCAAUGAGGAAUCCCUCGAUGGUAUCUGGUCUUCUGAUGAUUGGGAUUACUUGUGGCCGAAAAAUCCCGCACAUGAUGCCUUUUUUAAAAAUCUGAGCGCUUUUCCGCCAACUCUUAGAAGGCUGACAUUAUGCGGGUUAUGUCUUGAUUGGGCGGCUAUGGACAUUGUAGGCAUGUUGCCUAACCUCGAGGCACUCGAAUUGAAAGACAACGCAUGCGGACAUUAUUCUCUGACCACGUGGAGAUCCGGUAGAGGUAUGUUUUCUCGAUUAAAGUUCUUGUCACUACGUAAUAUGUUAUUUUUCACGAAGUGGAAAGCUGUCGAUGGCGACGAUCAUUUUCCUGUCCUGGAGAGACUUUUUAUAUCUCAUUGCAAAUGGCUAAAAGAGAUUCCACAAGAAUUUGCAAAUAUUCCAACACUGCAAGUGAUUGAGUUACGUGAGUGUAGUGUUCACCUGGCAAAAUCAGCAAAGCAGCUUCAACAAGAGCAAGAAGACAUCUUUGGAUGCCAAGCGACUAAUGUCAUUGAAUCCAAUUGUAAAUAUGCUUAAAUCAUCCCUAUUUCAUGCUUUGACAAUGACAUUACUACUAUAUAUA